AUGGCGGCGCUGCGGGGCGGAGCGGUGCCCGCCACGGUUGGGGCUGGGGUCGGCGGAGCCGCCGCCGGGACUACUCCGCGAGGGCUGGCGGGCGGCGGAGGCCUGCGCGAGCCGCCCUUCCCCGCUGGCAGCCCCCUGCAGUGCUUUUCCCUUGAGGAGGAUGACCUCAACUUCACAUCGCUGGAUGCAGAAACCAUCUUGGAGGCUGAAGAGAUCUUGGGGACCAUGCAGAGCUAUUUUGACUCCUCUGUGAUUUCCAUCAUCGAGGACUUCUCUCUGAGUGAGCAGAGCAAGGCCUGCCUGGAUGCACAGAACGAGCUGUCACUGCUGACUGCCAUCACUGAGAUCCUGGACAGCACAGAUGAUGAGACUCUGUCCCCCUUUGACACCAUCAUGGACAUGGAGCUGCUGACCUCACCUCGGGAGCGGGAGAAUCCUUCGUUUCAGAAGUUUCUCAGCUUAUCCCGUCCAUCACUGGAAUGCGAAAGCCCUGCCCUGGAGCCUCCCAAAUCUCUCAGGCCACUGAGCAGCAGCAGCGUCUCUGUGAUUGGAAAGGCUGACACAGACCUGGCUUGGGACGGUGCUGCUCAUAGCCUUGAGGACCUGGCACUGCCAAAGAAGCAAGUUUGCAGCACCCCAAGGGUGGAGAGGAAGCUGGGCAGGCAUUGGGCCCGAGAGCAGCCCAUGCCACAGCGCAGUGAUGGGGAGGAAGAGGAGGAGGAGACUGCCUUGAGCUUGGAGCUAGACAGCAUGGAGGCUGGGGAGUUUUGCAUGACCAGGGUCGGGGCCGGGGCCAUGCUUGAGGAUCAUGAAGACCCCUGCAUCAUCAACACGGGUGACGUGUCCCUGAGUGAGCUGGUGAAGUCCAUGCACCCAUACUGCCUGCCCACCUUCACUGUGUGCCUGGACCCUGAGAGUGAGCCUGUGGCCAAGGAGCUCCUGAAUGGUCCUGUCUUGCUGGAAAUUGUGCCUGGUGAGGGGGACAGUGUGGAGAUCCCUGUAGUUCUGCAGCCGCUGCCCCCCAACUUACCUGAUAUGGAGUCCCAAUUUCUGGGAGCAGAAGAGGGUACAGGGGAGUCUGUCCCAGUGGAUCAAGAGGAGAUGCCAGGAGCUCCAUCCCGGGAAAAUGGGGUGGAGGAGGAGAAGAAAGAGAAACCACCAGGGAAGGAGCCCUUCAGCAGUACACCAGAGAGCAAGUCCCAACCGGACACAGCAGUGCCUGGAGCCUGGAGCCCUGACAGCAGCUCACAGCACAGCACAGAGGCUCCAGUGAGUGGCAAACGUCAGGGCCCUGAGAAGGGACGUGGCUGUGAGAGAGCAAGGAAGAGUCGGAAAAAGAAAGCAGAGGAGGACCAACGCAAUCAGGCCAAGCCAGGCGGGGACUGUGUGGCCCACUGCCUCCGCUCAGCCAGCUCUGGGCAGCCCCCAGAACAGCCAUUUGCCAGCCAGCAGCGAGCAGCUCAUCCCUCUGUUCAGGUCUCGGACUUCCUGGCACAGCAGCUGGAGCGAGCACGUAAGGAGGGAAAGGUGAAAGUUCAUGCUGAGCAAGCGGCGAAGCCCCAGGGCAGGCCCCGGAGCAUGGUGGGGGCCUCCCUGCCCGAGAAAGUGCAGCAGGAGCCACAGAAGGAGCCAGUGCCAGAAAGUGUGAGUGUGGCCCUGGAGAAGGCUGAGACCACAGUGCCUGUGGAGAAGACUGCAUCAAAUGUGGAGGAGCAGGCAGCAGUGGCAGAUCCUGGCCCAGCAGACCCAGCUGAGGGUGAGGGGGAUGCACAGAUCACUUCCAGACAGGAUAGUGGGGUCUUGGAGUCUGCCUCUUCACUCCCAGAGCAAGACCUAGGGCUGGAGCCCCUCCAAAGCCUGCCAGCAGCAGAGUCAAGCAAGAGCCUGCCCAAGGAAGCCAAGCCCAAGGCCCUGAGCCUGCGGGAAUACCGCAUCCGCAUGCUGCACCGCCAGCCCAGCCAGGGCAGCAGGAAGGAUGGAGAGAAGCAAGUGGCCAGCAAGUGGCCCAGCAUCCCUGAGCCUCCAACAGAGCUGGCAGAGAUCCCCUGCCUGGUGUCACCCAUGCACCCUGCCACUGAAGCAGCUGGUGCUCAGAAGAGCCCAGAGAAACCUGACAGCCCUGCUGCUGUCCCUUUUCCAGCUGGCAAAGUUCCUGCUGCUCAGGCUUCAGUUCCAGCACCUGCCACAGCUGUGCCACCUGCCACAGCUCCACCACCUCCAUCAACACCAAUGCCAUUUGUCACACCCAACACAGCCCCCACUGGGAUGCCACCAACCUCCACUGGUGCUUAUGCCCUUUACCCACCAGUGCCUUCCUGGCCCUGCUUCAGUCCACAGCCCUUGGGCUGCCAUGGUUUGCCCCCGCCACCCACCACUGCCCCCCCCAGUACUUUUCACAUGGUGCCUGCCCUCCCGCCCCCAGCCAUGGCCUGGCCCCCGCCAGCCAUGCCGCCCCCGCCUCCCUUUGGCCCUGGUGGUGCCUAUGCCCCAGUGGGGUGGGCACCGCCACCCUACUGGCCAGGAAUCCCUGUGCCACCGCCAGUGCCUCCCCUGGGAUAUGGAGACACCGGAGCAGGGCUGCAGGGAACUGCUGCCUUUCCAGCUGGUGGCCACACCAGCACAGCCCUUCUGCACGGGCAGCCUCCUGCUGCCCUGGCACUCGUCUGCCCGGAGCUGUCGGCCUUCCACAGCCAGCCACCAGCUAGUGAGGUGGGGGCUGCAGGUGGCCUGGCCAGGCCAGUGUCCAGCAGGGUGUCAGACCCCAGGAGGCAGGCACAGCUGGCUAGGGAGAGCUCUCUUCCUAAGGCCCUUCCAGGUCCUGCUCAACCUCUGGCAACCCCAUCGGCUGUUGCUGCCCUGCCCAGCAGGGUCCCCCCUGAAAUGCCAGCUCAGCAAAUGGCAACUCUCCAGGUUGCUCCCACCCAACCUCCAGAGGAUACCCCUGCUGUGGCCUCUACCUUUCUCCCACAGGCUCCCCCAGCUGCCAUGAAUUGCCUUGGGGAGGUGUCUCCUGCCACUGGCAUGGCUGGGGACUCCCCUGGCACCCACCCCAUGGAGGAGGCUGCAGGGCUGGACAAGGAGGCAGUGGAGAAAGCCCUUCCAGAACCCAAGGCAGCUCUUAGGCAGGAGCUGCCUGGCCAGAAAUCCAUCUCUCAGGCUGCAGCACCACCAUCAAAAUGGGGUCGAGAGAGCUGCCUAUCAACCAAGGCACCUGCUGCACAGCCAUGGAGGCACCAGCCACUCCUCAGCCCAGCACAGCCCAAUGACAACAGCAAGGACAUCGUGCAAGCCUUCAUCAGUGAGAUUGGGAUUGAAGCCACGGACCUGUCCAGCCUGCUGGAGCAGUUUGAGAAGUCUGAAGGCAAGAAGGAGGAGGUUUCUGUGCAGCCCCCCAUGGAGAGGCGGCCAGUGGGGAACUCUGGUCCUGAGACCCAGCAGGACAGGAAGCCCCUGGACAGCCUGCAAGCCUCUGAGCUGGCCAAUGUGGCAGGUCUCACUCCCCCAGCAACACCUCCCCACCAGCUCUGGAAGCCAUUGCCUGCUGUCUCACUGCUGGCCAAGACCAAGUCACCCGGGUCUGUGCCCCAGGAAGGGCCCCAGAAGACAGCCAAGCUGAUGAAAGCCAAACUGCUGCCUCCAAGCAAACUCCAGGGGAAGAGCCCAGCCCCUGUGGGUUCAGCCCCUAUCCAUGUCUGCUCGGGAGACCAUGACUACUGCAUCCCAGAUACAGCACGAUCAGAGAGCAGCAGCAGCCCUGGCAUGCAGCCCCCCACCAAGGGCGGCUCCCGCUGGAACGUCAAACACCACCGGGACAUCACUAUCAAACCCAUCUCCUCCUUAACCAAACGGACGCUGGACCAGCCUGAGCCCACCCCACCAGUUCCCACCAUCACUGUGGGGCCCAGCCAGGAGUCCUUGGGGAUGGCUUGCCAAGACCCCUUGGAUUAUCGGACUAGCGUCCCUGACAAGGCUACUGCUGGCUGCAGCAGUCCCCCCACCUCAGUGCUCCUGUCUCCAGCUGCAUCUCCGUGCCGAGACCAGGAGGUGCGGACUCCCAGUUCCCAGCCCAGCAGUGCUACUGUCAAGAGGUCCCUGCGCUGCUAUCGUAGACCCCGGGACUCCCCUAGCCCCUCUGCCAGCAGCUGGAGGGCUGGCCAGAGCUGUGCCAGCCGCUCUUUCAGCUCCAGUUCAGAUGGAGCUAGCGAGUCCUCAUCUUCAUCAUCUUCAUCCUCGUCUUCCCGAUCACGGUCACGGUCAUUCUCCCCACCGCCCAAGCGGUGGCGAAGAUACCGCUCAAGAUGUUCCCACAGCUCCUCCUCCCGCUCCAGUUGUGGGUCAUAUGGUAGGUCUCGGGAUAGGUCCUCAUCAUCAUCAUCAACAUCCUCCUACUCGUCCAGGUCCACAUCCCGCAGCCAGUCACGAUCCCACUCCCCUUCACCCCGCAGGAGGAGUAACAGGCGGAGAAGAUACAGUUAUGAUGCGCAGGACCACUACCAAAGGCAGAGAAUCCUCCAGAAGGAACGUGCAAUAGAGGAGCGGCGGGUUGUGUUCAUUGGCAAGAUUCCCAGCAGGAUGACACGGUCGGAGCUGCGGCACCGCUUCUCCGUGUUUGGGGACAUCGAGGAGUGCACCCUACACUUCCGCUCUGAGGGGGACAACUAUGGCUUUGUCACGUACCGUUAUGCCGAGGAAGCCUUUGCUGCCAUCGAGAGUGGGCAAAAGCUGCGGCGCCCGGAUGAGCAGCCCUUCGACCUGUGCUUCGGCGGCCGCCGGCAGUUCUGCAGGAGGAACUAUGCUGACUUGGACUCAAACCGAGAGGAUUUCGACCCAACCCCAGUCAAGAGCAAGUUUGACUCCCUGGACUUCGACACGCUGCUGCGGCAGGCACAGCGCAGCCUGCCGGAGGUAGCAGCAGGCGAGGCGGAGUGCCCGCCCCCACUUUUAUACUCAAAUACAAAAGAAAAAAAAAGUAUGGAGUGAGAGAUGGGGUUUUUAAGAAAAAGAAAAAGCAAAAAAAAGAAAUUUGUUUUAUAACUAGUAUUUAAGGAGGACGGGUCAUUUGCCUUCGACUGGAGGGGCCCGGGUGAGUGGCAGCUCCAGGCUUGUCCCAGCCAUGUAAUAAAUGUGGGUGCCCAAACA